CUUGGGAGGGAAAGUAGAUACUUUCGUUAAGCGAAGGCAUAAAGAAAAGCUGGUCGGAUUUCUAAUCUGUUUUGGAGAAAUAUAGUCUAUAAAGACAGGUAGGGAAAGGCUACUUAUAAACACAUUUAUUUUUGUAUCUCGCGUAAAGUAAUAAGACGUUGGUUAUAACCACAUUAUAAGAUAUAUCUUGGUGAGGUUUGAUUUUGGCAUCAUUCAAUUCAACGAUUGAUAACUUCAUGGCUUUGAGAUAAACUGAUACUGAUGGUAGCUGCAAAUUGAACGGGCCGUCGACAAUUUACGGUAGGAUUGGCACCAGAAGACAAGGAAAGACAGGCAUAAACCGGUAAAAUGCAGCCCAAAGACACGGACUAUUCAACAGAUGGGUUACCCAAAGCCUUUUUACACAGUCUGAGGACACUCUUUGACAUCCUUGAUGAUGGGAAGAGAGGAUAUGUGCACAUAUCGGAGAUUGAGAGUAGAUGGCAAGGGGCAGAUACUCAUGAUUUGUCCGGCGGGGUUCUGGAGUGUCUGAGACUGGUGGCCCCACCUCAUGGCUGCCUGACAUUUGAGCGCUUUGUGGCGGGGCUGCGACACUCCAUGCCGAAAGCGGACAACAACAACCACAUAAAGGCUCAGGAUUCCCUGCACCCGAAACAAGCACUUCUGAACUCCAAACGGCACCAUAUUCCAGCGCAAAAACCUGCCCCGCUCUCUACCUGCUCUGUCGGAACUCUGAUUGAAAACAAAGUUCGCCCACUGGGUCCAAGCAAUGGGACAAAUACGCAUCACAAACGCGCGUCCUCACUUCAGAGUCGGUCCAGACAUAAUGAGGGGAAAACUGGACACCCACCAGUCACCUCGGUCGUAGGGUGUCCCAUGCGUUACACCAAUACGGGUUAUGAGAGAACAGGCAGAAGUUUGGAACGGAUAACCAUUGUGCCCGAAAGCGGUUCAUAUCGAGCGGAUUCGGUUCGGAUGGGGAAGCAGACGCAUCCACAGAAGAGUCGGGUGAGGUCCACAGAGUCCCUUGCUCUCGAGUCGUCAAGUCUCCAAAAACCAAGUAUUGUGGAGGCUGGGUUACCGAGGUCCCAGAGUGAGUCAGCCACGGGAUUCACUGUCUCCAGACGCCAUGGGCGGAGCCGAGAUGAGCAGAGACGCCACACCAUCACCAACGGGGUGGAUUAUGGAAUGCUGAAGCAGAUGAAGGAGUUGGAGCAGGAGAAGGACUCUCUGCUGGCCGGUCUGGGCGUGGUGGAACGGGCUAGAGAGUGGUACCAGACUCAGAUCCACAACGUCACCGAGAGACAGAGACACGUGGGCCAAAGCAACCACUGCAUGGAUUCCUUCGCAGAAUCCCAGAAUCAAAGUCACAGGAAUGUUCUGCUUCCCAAGCUGCAGGAAGUCAACCGUUGCCUUAAUGACCUAAUUUCCUGCUCUGGAGCGCAGUCUUUCCCAUCCUCCAGCUCCCAGCCCACAGUGAUCUCCUCCAGCUCCCAGCCCACAGUGAUCUCCUCCAGCUCCCAGCCCACAGUGAUCUCCUCCAGUUCCCAGCCUCCUGCCCCCCCACAAGCCAUUCAGAGACUAAAGGACCAGAACCGCCUUCUCACCCAGGAGGUGACAGAUAAGGGUAAGCGCAUCACUCAGCUGGAGCAGGAGAAGUCUGCUCUGAUCAAACAGCUGUUUGAGGCUCGCGCCCGGAACACGCAUGACAGCAGCACCAUGGACUCCACCUUCAUCUGAAUACAGACACCAUAAUACAACCACACUGGGCUCCAGCUCUAUCUGACCCCCCCCAGUCACAACAAGACAACUGUAUAAGCUGUACCACUCCUACUGGAUUCCACACUCAACUCACCACUUCUGUCAUGAUGAGAUGAAAGCACCUUGAACUUUUUACCCCGCAUUGUACCACUCAUUGUACCACUCCCUUUGAAUCUCCCCAACUGACCACUCCACUUAACAUGUCCUGCACACUAAUCUGGGCCGGCCACUCCUUGAGGGGAAGGACCCCCGAGUCAACCCUCCUAUAAUACAGUCAGCCUCACCCACUGGGCAAAACUCCAGGAACACCACAGUCUUACCACUCCUAACUGGGGCCUUCCCAGGAUUCCACUCCCACUUGAUCACUCCAAGGAUCUACUGUGAUGCACUAGGAUCCUACCUUAUUGGACCAGCCUUUAUGUUUACCCUCCCUCUCAUCACAGUAUAUCCUAUGUGAUUGGACAUCAUGGACUACAUUUAAAACCGCUACAGGGAGCUACAGGAUCCAUCCCUGCCAAUCACCAUGACAACAGCUGCUGUACAAAACACAUUUGUUAGAGGGACUUCCGGACCGAUACACACACCACACUAAAUAUGUAGAUUUUUUUUUUUAAUAAAAAAGUUGAUGUGCUGUGAUCUACCAUUCCAACACAAUGUUGUUAACCAUUUAAUCCAGAGACUUUGAUCCCGGUCACACAUUGGUCAAUAUUUAUCCCCUUCUAUUCCAAUACACUCAGUUGUGUACCUCAAACCUUCAUUGAAAUGGUUGAUAUGAUGAGAACCUGAGCUCUCCUGACCUGGAGGUCACAAUGAGUGUGCAGCAUCUCAUUUAUGUCUCUCUAAGUGACCUUUAAGUGACGCACCAGUAUAUAUAGCCUGUUGCCCACCAUUUUAGAAGCAGAGCAGCGUGUAAAUGUCACAUUUUAUUUCCCUUAAAGUGAAUGUAUAUUGAGAACACCAAAAGGUCCUACAAGCCAAGGGGAUCGAGUAGUGGAGAGGGUAAGAGAGAGGUUUGCACGUAGAAGAGACUUGAAGAUGAGAAGGAUUGGUAUAUAUUGAAUGUGCAUUGAACCCUGGUCCUCAGCGGCAGUGUGACCACUGGAGCAGGGCGUGGCUCAGAGAAGAGGGCUGUUGUGUUGGCUAGUGGAAUUAAAGUGACUCCUUGGUUAAUAGGCCUCUAAUGUAAUGAUUCAUGCAAGACUGGUUUUAUCGUGCCACUUCUCCUCUGUGGUGUCCUGGAGCCUUUGUGUAAAAAAAAUAAUUAAAAAAAAUAAUGUGUGAUCCCACUUUCUGUUCGUCCUGUACUAACAUGGUAUGUGAGACUUGGUUCCCUGAGAGGUGAACACCAAGCACAGGUGCAUCUUUACUGCUGUUCUUCAUCAUGGUCCCACUAAUCCAGGAUAAUAAACCACAUGGUCGACAGGGGCCGCUCAGUCUUGAACCCCCUUUUUAACAGAGAAAAUGUCUCGUUUUAUUUUUAGUGGCUGUAGAUUGCUAUGUAACGCAGCUAUGUGAUGAUGUUGCAGUGCAACUUGUAUUAGGUGCUGUUGUGAUGUCUGCAUAUCAAUACUCUCUGCUGUGACUGACUGCCUGUCUGUCUCUCCUGUUUGAUUGUAUGUCUUUGGUCUCGUAAUUAUCUCGCUGAACAUGAGUAUAUGAGUGAAUGCCACCCUAUCCUUUCCUAUUUCAAUUGAAGUAUUCCCACUUGACUGUAAAAUAAACCCCAAAGGGUGCCAAUAAGGUCAUACUAUCAAUCAGCCACCUUUUCAUCGAUUUUGUGGUGUUUUACCUUGUGAUUAAUUUAGCCUUGCUUUUUCAUUCCGUUGUAUUCCAGGGUUGAUCCAGAUGAGGGUCAUCGGUAGUAGGGUGGUUUUAAGAUGUUAUAUUAGCCUCUUGUUGAACAAAGUUGACUUGAUUUUGAAAGCAGUCACCUCUAUGCAGGUGGAUGUUAUGGGUCAGGAUGUUGACUGAACAGCUUUUGGGUGCAGGGUGCCUCCAAGUCCUGUUUUUCAACCAGAAUCUUACAAACUCUGGGUUGUAGACUGAGUAGGUUAAUUGACAUUUAUGAACAUUGAUAACGAAAUUCUCAUAACAGCAUGGCACAGUUGGGAGCUUAUAAAGUACGUAGGACCUGUUCAUUUACUCCUAAAUAAACUCUCCAACCUCUUUUCCAGUAUAGCAGAUAUUUAGAAAGUGAAGGAAAAUGUAAAUAAUUCUUACUUUGGAUAAAAAAGGUUUAUACAGGCAGCACACUGGGCAAAUAUUUCACAUUUGGAUUCAUAUUUGAUUGGAUGUUGUCAGCAAACAUGAAUUCAAUUGAAAAAAAUCAACCAAACAGUAAAACCCUCUUGUUGAUUUGUGGUUGAAACCAGUGUUGACUUUAAACCAUUUCUGCAACAUCAUUAAUGAGAAAGUGUGUAAGAGGACAUGUAUUUGAGGACGUGUAGCUUUGUCUUGAACCAGGCUUCCCUAAAACAGGUGUGACAACAACGUGAUUUUGGAGGUAUGGCAACGCGGGACUAGAUGGCGGGUAGUAGUGCUCAUGUGUAGAGAGAAAGAAGACUGUCUUGUUUAUCUGGAUAGAAUUACUGAUACAUUUGCAU